AUGGAUCGGUCCUUCACCGUCGAGUGUCCUCCGUUCGAGGUAGAAAUCUCCCAUUGGGACCGUAUUCUCCCACCAACGCAUUCGAAGCGAAUCCUUUGCUUUUCGCUCCCAGAUAAUACGGACAAGCAGCAUGUGGUGGAUUACCUGCAUGUUGCAUUCCAUCACACGGUCCAGCGGCUUCCCUUGUUGGCAGGCUCGGUAGUCCCCUUCUCAUCGCAUCAAGGAGGACGCCCAUGGCUUCGCAAUAUUAUCCCCGAAGGCGGUGCCCAGCUCAUUAUAAAGGAACUGUCAGAGGAGCUCAGUUUUUCAGAUCUCGCCAAGGCCAACUUCUCGCAACACCUGUUGAAUACUGAGCAGCUGUGCCCGCUCCCAGAGGUCGGGUACUUCAAAGAGGAGCGAGUGGACGUAUGCCGUUUCCAGGCCAACUUCGUUGAAGGUGGCCUGCUGCUAGUUGUAUCUAUUAUUCACAACGCGGCAGAUGGUCGGGGGGUGACUGAAGUGAUCAAGACUUUCGCCAACGAACUCAGCAAGGCACAGUCAGGCGAGACGCAUUAUCCACUGGAACCAAGACCCGAUGUAUAUCGCUCAGAUCGCACAAAGCUAGUAUCCGGUUAUGGGGUACCUGGAUCCAUUGAAAAUCAUGCGGCAUGGACUUCGGAUCCGGCCAACGCACAUGCCCAAAUCCACAACGUGGAGAACUCGUGCAGGACUUUCCGCAUCAGCGUCAAGGCUCUGACCGAUCUCAAGGACUAUCUCUCUGCCACUGUUAGCGGUCCUGAUGAAUGGUUUUCCACCAACGAUGCCAUUUCUGCCUUCAUCUGGCGCAGCAUCAUGCUAGCCCGACACCGGGCCGGAAUCUUGAACGGCGAUGCCGAAACAUAUGUAGCACAGCCUGUGGAUUGCCGUGCACACCUCAAGAUCCCCAUGCCGUACUUCGGAAAUGUCAUUUACAUGACCAAGUCAUCAUUGCCAUUGUCUGACCUGGAAAACUUUGAAAGCGGGCUUGGCGCCGCUGCUCGGGCUCUGCGCGCUGAUAUCAAGGCUGUGACGGCCGAGAAAUUCAUCGACUUGGUAGGAUAUGCGGAACGAACGGCACUUGACACUCAUACCCGCCUGAAUAUUCUGGAGGCCAUGUCUACAUCAGGCAUUAUUCUGACCAGUCUGUUCAAGAUGGACCUUCACGGCAUGAAUUUUGGCCCUGUCUUUGGUGACGGUCAUAUUAAAGCUGUUCGUUUACCGGCCAGAGGAACUCAAGCUGGUGCUGUUAUUGUGCUGCCCCGGGUCCCGGAUGGGAGUUGUGAGUUCAUGGUGACUGAGCAAGAGAGCACGAUCAAGUGUCUCCUGGAGGACAAUUACUUUAGUCGCUUUACAAAUGACGCGGAUACCAUUGGAAACCCUCAUGAGGAGGUUGUUGCUACCUUGCCGACGCCUGCAAUCAGUUCAGGAAAAGAAGGUGUGACCUCCACCGAGAACGCCUCUCCAGUCCUCACCGUCAAGUCAGCUCCAGAUAUUGAGCCUGUCACUAUUGGAGUCAGUGCGGCAGAGGUGGAACCCAUCACAAUAAAGACAAGUUCAGAUGUUGAACCUGUCACCAUUGAGAUCACUACUACGGAGGUUGAAUCUGUUACCACGGAGUCCACCGUGUUCGAGGUACAGUCCCUCGCAACUAUCCUUAAAGACAGCCAUCUUGUCCCUACGGGUGACGUAACGACACCCUCGACACUGAUCUCGAGCAGGGUUGGCGCGCCCCAUGUUGGUACCAUCAAGAUUAUCCAAUUGAACCGACCUGCGGCAAAGAACGCCCUCUCAGUGCAAAUGGUGCGCGAAUUGAGUCGCGAGAUUGAAGAGAUCCAUCACGAGCGCCACACGGGUGGCACACGCGCCUUGAUUAUUGCGAGUGCAGUAGACGGAAUCUUCUGUGCCGGAGCGGACCUGAAAGAACGCAAAGAUCUGAGCUUGACAGAGACACAAGCCUUUUUGACUAGCCUUAGGGGCUUAUUCUCACGCUUAGCUGCCCUUCCCAUCCCCACUAUUGCCUGCAUUUCGGGCCGGGCCCUUGGGGGUGGACUGGAGCUUGCGCUAUGCUGCCAUCUGCGUGUCUUCUCCUCUGACGCGGUGGUUUCAUUACCUGAGACUCGGCUAGCCAUUAUCCCUGGUGCGGGUGGCACCUAUCGCCUUCCAAAUAUUGUGGGCAUGUCGAAUGCUCUGGAUAUGAUCUUGACGGGCCGCGUGGUGCCAGCAGAUGAGGCUGCGACGAUGGGACUGUGCAACCGUCUUGUUAGAGCAGACUGCCGGGAGGAUACGCCCGUUUUGUCGAAGCGAGCCUUGGUUUCCAGUAUCAAAUUAGCUGAACAGAUUGCCGAUGCGGGACCCAUUGCUAUUCGGGCUGCAAUUACCGCGCUUUCGUACAGUUGUGAGGCGGUUGAGAACGCUGCCUACGAGUCUGUUCUGAAGACGAAGGAUCGGAAGGCUGCCCUUGACGCGUUCAGUGAAAAGCGCAAGCCAAUCCUGAUUGGGGAGUGA